GGCAGCCAAGCAGUGGGUCCAGCCCCCCCCCCCCCCCAAAUUGAUUAACUGCAUCAUCGUGCGCGAGAGCAGCCACUCAGCGCCCGGGAGGCUGCCAUCGACGUCAUCUCUACUCUACUCCUGUUCCAUGCCUCCCUCGUAGUAUAAAGGACCACACUCUCUCCAACCUCAUGCUCCUAUCCAAGUCUCUCUGCAAAUCCCAAAUCAAAACUCCUUCUACAUACAUACAAACAUUCAAUCUACCUCGGUACCUCUCAAGCCCAUCCAAUAGGUACAUACCUCACCUCCUCUACCACACUACAAAGUACUAUACAAACCAACCAAAAUGCCCAACAACACCUUCUCCUCCUCACAAGAUACCGGCGUCACAGGCGCCGCCAAAUUCGUCACCUCGACGCUGGGCAACACCGUCGGCGGCGUCUCCCGCACCGUCGGCGGAGUCACGGGCGCUGCCACCCGCGGCGUCGGAGGCACCAUUAACGGCGCCACGGGCAGCGCAGGACAGCCUGUCGGCGAUGCGCUGGGGAGUCUUGGGAGUGGAGUGGAGGACGGAGCGAAGAGAGUGGCGAAGGGAGUGGAGGAUGCUGGUAUUGGAUAUGGACCGAGCGGUAAUUGAUUCUGGGAGUGAAGGAAGAUGAGUGUCUUUCUAUGCUUGUUCUUUGUUGAUUAUUUUUGAUACUCCAAUUCUGUUAUGAAUUUACGAACUUCGAAACCCACCCACCCCUUUGCCGAAAGAUUAUAAAAGAUAAAACAAGACAAAAGGGACAAGCGAUUCAAGUUUGAGGGACAAAAAGAAAAAAGAAAUGCUCACACUCGGAUUCGAACCGA